UGGCAUGGUUGCACGAUCGUGACGUUCUACUGAUGAGAACUUUUCUGAUAUCUGUCUCCACGUUUCCAUCGAGUUUGAUGUUGCUCAUUUAACGGGCUGAUAACCGAGAUCGGGCGCGUCCAGAUGGGAUUUCAAUUUCUACGGGUGGCUAGCAUAGGAGCGGACGUCUAGACUGUGGGUAAUAGUGCCCUUUAACUGUUCAUAGCGCUAUUAAUCAGACAAUCCAUAAUGCAUCUGUCGUCGUGGCAUGUUAAUAGCGAAGAGGAGAAUUGCAAGUAUGGACGGCGCUUUGCCUGUCUGGGAUUCAAUUGAUUCAAUUGAUUGAAUUGAUGAUGGAGGGGAGAAGCGCGGCAGACCAGGCCGAGAGGGGAAUAGGCUGGCCAGCGCAUCUGCAGUGCCAACACAUCGGUGAACACAGUGGCCAAUGCCAUUCGCUUGCCAGGCACAGAUCACUGACCGGCCUGACGACGUGGCAGCGGAUCGACGUGCGACCGCUGACCGGCUGGUGCAUCUACAGUGGUGCUAGUCAUCCUGCUUCUCCAGCGUGGCAACCCCAUCACGGUGGUCUGGGUGGUUUGGGUGGUCUGGGUGGUUUCACGAAGGACAGCGUGUUCGUCGUCGUCAACCUGAACACUGAGGAAUCCAUCAGCGCCGGCAUGCUAUAUCUAGUUACCGUGGCUGCUCGCCGCUUCCUAUAUGUGUCCAGUGUCCACUGUCCAGCAACAGCUGGCCCUGCUGCGCUGAGUCAAGUCCAUCGAUCCCUUACGUUUGAGCUGUCGUGGAGAAUGUACACUGUGCGCAGCGUAGCCGUCUUUUGCCUCUGCAAGCCACGCAAUAAACAGACUGGUAGAUGUAAGCUGCGUUUGUAGCCACUAUGUCGGUAGAUGAAUCAUAAUGGAACACUGCUGUCACUGG